UACUUGUUACAAAGCUCACAAUAUUAAGCUAUUGGUCCUAUGAUAAUACCUAUGUACCUGUUAUAAUAAUUCGAUUCACGCGCGUCUCACGUGCAUGACGCGAUGAUACUUACCGGCUAAUUCGUGGCCGCAGCGUGCACUCGACUGUACACAGAGUACUUACACCGAUAAUACCGCACCGUAUAAACAAGUUACUUCGCCUUUCAUUUAUUUGUCGGUAGGACCUGCGAAGGUUGGCUCGUACUUACAAAAUGUCUGGAGAAAAGGAGCUUAGAAUUGUGACUUACAUGUGCCCAACGCACCCGGUAGAAUUGUACGAGUUAAUUAUGGAGGUGCUGGAGCAGAGUAUCGGCGUCCAAGCGAUCCUACAGUACGAGAGCCGGAGCUCCGGGCCGCUCAGUGGGCGGCCGGACCCAUUUGUGACCGACAAAGUUGACCUAGGUUUCAUGACGGCCGCAGCGUACAUACGCCUGCGGGAUAUACACAAGGAACACAUGCAGCUAUUACCCGUCACGCCAGUUUUCGCUCAUCAAAUGAACGUCGAAAACAAACCUGGAUACUUCUCCGAUAUCAUUAUCCACAGCGAUAAAAAAGCUCACAACGUGAAUACAUUGUUGGAUUUGAGAGGUUGCACUUACGCUUACAGCAACGAGGAGUCGCUCAGUGGAAGUAAAAUAGUGCUCAAAACUCUAAAGGAAAAGGGUGAAAAUGCUUCGUUUUUCGGCUCGGUACUGAAGUCGGGGUCACAUCUAGCUUCAGCGCAAAUGGUGUUAACGAAGCGAGCGGAGUGGGCCGCGGUUGACUCGACCACGCUCCUGUAUUCCAAGAAAUUCAUGCAAGACGGAGGAAGGGACAUCACUACCUUGGAAACUUUAGGGCGCCUACCCCCCUACCCAGUGGUUGUCAACUCGAGACUUUCCGAUGAACUUAAGAAGUCAAUUGUUGAGACACUCCUAACGUUACCACAUACAAAGUGGAAAAACGAAUUUGCCAAGUUUGGAAUAAUUAAAUUUGAUGCCAACCAUGAUGGUGCGUACAAUGGGCCGGCUUCACAGAUGUGGUCCAUCCAGAGCGAAAAACUCAAUGUUAGAUAUUAUUAGGGUUUUCCUAGCUAUAAGUCUAGUUUAUGUGUUGUAUAUUUUGUAUGUUGAUUAUACGCCAAAGUAAGUUGUAAGCAUUUACAAUAUAAUUUAAGUCAUAAAUUAAGAAUCUCUGUUAAGUUUGUUUUUAAAAUAAUAUUUUUGAUAUCCUUA